AAUGCGAAUGUGCUUCUUGGGACCGAGGGAGGAGGACAGAGUGCCUUCACGAGUGUCUUUUCUUUUGACUUUCUCGUUCUCCUUUUAUUUUUCCGUAUUCUGUUUCCGCAAAAAGAAAAACACCAACAAAAAGCACGCAAAGCUGUAACUGCGUCGUAAGGAGAACGACCUUCUUCACCCUCUUUUCCCCAAACAUUACAACCAUGACCACGACCGCUCCCUCCUGGCUGGCUGAUAUCUUCAGCAAGCUGACCGACUACCAGGCCUGGAAGGCGAUGCUGAGCAAGGAGCCGUGGCCCAGUGUUUUGCUCGCGGCCGCCCUCUUGCUCUUCAUUAUGGCGCCGAACUACAUGUUCCAAGUUUCCGCCGCGGACGAGAAGCGGAUGGAGGAAAUCCGGGAGCAGUUUCAGAAGUCAAAAUUCGCGAAGGAUUUGAAACUGGACGAAAAGUACGGGCAGUUUAGAAGGAACCGCGAGGUUUUCACGCCGAGUUCCAAUGCUAAUGCAGCGAUCGAAAGAAGUCAAGACUACCGGGUGAAGCAGCAGGCACAAACGUCGACUGGAAGCAAGAAGGAUGACAGCCGGGGAAAACAAAAGGAAGCAAGCAGUACUUCUACGAGUGUGAUGCCGUCGAAAGUAAGCGAGUUGAAAAAUGCGAAGCCAGAUUCCGAUGGAACGCGCCUCCGGGCAAGUGCACUGCCCAAGGUGGACUGACGCAAAUAAGUACUUUGCUGCUUGCAGAUGCGGUGUAAGCCUAAGCUACAUCACUCCGCGAACUACGAAACCUCGAAGAGAAUCGCUACAUCAUAGUAUCGACGAGCUAAGAAGUAUGAUUCAACUUGUCCUGCGAGUAGAGAGGUGCAGGUUUGCCGGUGGUGUUCACCGCAAUAAGUUUGCAGAAUAGUACACAAACCGGCACAGAAGAUCUUUGCCACCACGUUUCGCCUGAUAGGAAAGAUCCCGCAUUGCCU